AUGCCGUCCUCGACCUUUGAAGAUGCCUUGACGGCACUCACUUCGGUCAUUGACAGCUCAAUUGCUUUAGCUACCCAGCUCGACAUUGUCAUCUCCAACCUCGCGACUUCAAAGGAUGCUAGGAGUGAUAGUAAUGGUCAAGCACAGCAGCCAUUUUCUGAACAGCUCGUGUCUGCCAGUGGCCCGAUUGACGCCCUUUCGCUCGCCCACGACUCCGCCGCUUUAAUCAAGGCGCACGCCACCAAAAUAUCCCUUCUCAUUAUCAACGAGCCAUUUACGCCCACGGCCAUUACCAAAGUGCUGCGGGAGCUUGUUGCCGGCCCCUUACCGAGUUUAACCGCUGCGGUCGAACUUUGCGUCCCGGAGCGGUAUACAGGCAGCAUCCAGAGAGACCUGGCCUGGAGAGCGGUUCGGGUGCUCAGAGAGGUGAGGGAACUCAUAUCUCGGGUUCCUAGGGACGGCAAGGUCCUCGUUGAUGACAAAAAGAACGCCCCGGCUGGGGCGGCUGGUGGCCGGGGGAGCAUUGCUACAACUGGGAUGCUAUGGUCAACUUGUGACGAUGUCAUGGCAUUUUGCAAGCGCGGCUUCGCUGGCACCCUGACGCAUAAGGUCAACCAGCUGAAGGACACGCUUAAGGAUGUUAUGGAAGAGCUAAAAGAAUGGGGAGAAGAGGCGGACGAUAGCGAGGAAGAUGGGGACGAAGAUGAUGGUGACGGUGAUAUUGCUCAGAUUACCUCGGGUCUCGGGUCGAGUUCGAUAUCUAGGGCGGCAGAUGCCCAAUCCGUGUUGGACGACCUGAUGAACUCUCAGAGACAUAUACCGCGUGACGAUCCUGAAAGGAUACGAGAGAGGCUUGACUUGAGCCUCAAGAGGCUGCGCCUUAUCAUACUGCUUUACCAAGCUACAGUAAAGCGUAGGCUGAGGCCUUUACCUAGUGUACCUCCAGCUCAAUACCCGGUUGUCCCAACCCGCCUAGAUGAGGCUGUCGCUGCUCUCAAGCGUAUACCAGAGAAGUUUGGCAGCCUAGCCAUGGCUUUUUAUGAACUGGACCGCUCUGAGAUCGAUCGUCUCCUAGAGGAUUGUUCCUUGGAUGCGCUUGCCGCUUGUGAGAUCUUGGUCAAGCCGUGGGAGGGCGAAAAGGAUGAAUUUACAGACUGGGGGUUGCGAUUCCAGGUAGAGUUGAAGAAAGAUUGA